AUGUUAAACUUGACAAUGAAAACUUUAUCUCAGAUAACGUUCAUGCAGACCUUCGGAUAUUUAGAAAAGCCAAAGACCGAGGGAGAAGAACUUAAAGCAGAAUUUUUAUAUGCGGAAGACGCAGUUGUUCAAGGCAUUAAAAAAAUUCAAAAGUUCGGUGCACUUCCAGAUACUGGCGUUCUAGAUGAACAAACUUUAAAGCUUUUGUCAACGCCGCGUUGUGGAAAUAAAGAUGUGAUGAGCUCAAGUGAAAGACAUAAACGAUAUAUUGUUGGGUCAAAGAAUUGGGGAAAGCGACAAAUUACAUAUUUCAUUGCAAAUUGGAGCCCUAAAGUCGAUGAAUCGAAGAUGAUUGUGUGGGGGGAGAUGGCUUUUCAUGCGUGGGCACAAUAUAGUAGAUUAAAAUUCAAGCGAGUUUAUGAUUCAUCAGCUGAUAUUAUAAUCGCAUUCGGAAGUUACUUUCACGGUGAUCGUCACCCAUUUGAUGGACCAGGGAAUAUUCUUGCACAUGCAUUUUAUCCAUACGAGGAGAAUGCUUAUGGUGGUGAUAUCCAUUUUGAUAACGACGAGAAUUGGAAAGAAGGCGCACUUACAAUGGAUGAAGGAGUCGAUUUUCUAACUGUCUUAGUUCAUGAACUUGGUCAUUCGUUGGGACUUGCCCAUUCCCCGGUUUAUAGUUCGAUCAUGUUUCCAUAUUACAAAGGUGUUACACCCGCACAAUUGGACUAUGAUGAUAUAUUAGGGAUGUAUACUUUGUAUAUUAGUAAAACUUUGGUGGAAAACUCUGACGACAUUGAAACAGAAUCGUCAACAAUCAUACCUGAAGACUCUACAAAUGAUUAUUCCAAUGAAAGUCAAGAAACAGAAACUGAGAAGACUCAUGACGAAGAAGAAAAGGAAGCUGAUGUUUCACAAACUAACCAUGAUGAGGAAGAAACUGAAGGUCCUGCACCAUAUUUUUGUGAUGGAAAUUUCGAUGCUGCAACAUUCGUCAAAGGUGACAUUUAUGUUGUCAAAGAGAAUUACGUUUGGCAAUUCAACAGAGAUUUUGAUAUAAUGGAAAACUUCCCGAAACGAAUUGAUAAAGUUUUCCCAAAUCUUCCGAAACGAUUUAAAACAAUUGACGCAAUUUAUGAUGUUCCUGAUGAAGACGAAAUUGUUUUCUUUUCCGGGAGUGAAUUUAUCACUUACGACAAUCGAGGACCAAUUUACAAUGCUUACAAUAUCACACGAUUCACAAAUGAUCCAGAUAUAGAGAAAAUUGAUGCAGCGAUGGUUUGGUCAAAGAAUAACAAAACUUAUCUCUUCUCAAUGGAUCGUUUCUGGAAAUAUGCAGAGAAUCGACAAAUGGAAGCAUAUUAUCCAAGAGUCAUUUCAAGAUGGCAUGGAAUUCCACAAAAUCUUGAUGCAGCAAUUUCUAUUCAAGGUGGUGAAACAAUUUUCUUUAAAGGAAGUGAAUAUUGGAUUUAUGAUAAUGCGAAAUCGGAGCAAUUUUUUUCAGUCGAGAAUGUAACGUUGCGGGAAGAUGAAGAUAAUUGUAGUUUAAUUUAUAAAAUAAUAAUGUUAAAAUAUUUGGAAAAUUCUGUCCCACGUCAGCCACAAGAUAGCAGAAUAGGAUGGCGAUGCAUCUUUGGUGUUUCACUAGUUUUCAUCUUCAAUGUAUCUUUAAUACCAUCCUUUGAAAUAAUGUUUGAAUCACUAUUUAAAGAAAAUUAUGAAGGAUCUGUUGUUGUUUUAAGUUCCUUCAAAUUUAUCACAAACUUUACAAUUAUUGUCACAGGAUUUUUAAUUAAAAAUUUAUCAGCACGACUGUUUGUGACGAUUGGAAGUACUGUGACGUUUAUUGGUCUUAUCAUGACCUCAUUUGUCACAACACUAACACAGCUUAUUUUCACUUACUCGAUCGUUAUUGGAAUUGGGUUAGGACUUUUAAACCCAGCAGCUUUCAUCGCUGUUCUAUCAUGCUUCACAUGUCACAAAGAAUAUGCAAUAAGUGUUGGAUUUGCAGCUUUAGGAUUUGGACAAUGGAUCAUGCCAAUGAUUGUUGAGAAUAUUUUGCAAUCUUUUCAAUUUCAAGCAACUGUUUUAAUUGUCAGUGGUCUUUCUGUGAUUGGCCUUUUAGGAGGAUUUUUAAUCGUUCCAAUCAAAUGGAGACCUUGUGAAAUGGAAGAAGAUGAUGAAUCACAGCCAUUAAUCCGUAAUAGGUCAAUCUUAAUGAAUAUUUUUCGAGCCACCGAUAUGAAUUUAUUAUGGAACUCAACAUAUAUAAUCAUUGUAUUGGGGCUAGGAAUAGUUUACACUUGUUCAACGAAUCUCAAAGCCAUUCUUCCCAUCUACUUACAAAAAAGAAAUUUCAGUGAUUUUCAGAUCAGUUACAUGUCCUUGAUUAUCACAUUAUCGGACAUAACAACCCGAUUAGCUUAUCCUUUUAUUUUGAAAUAUGUAAUUAAGAAAUCGAGUCGUUUUACUUUCCUGAUUGGAGUUAUUGGACUUGGAAUAACUCGAAUAAUUAUUGUCAACUGUGAUUUCAUUAACUUUGUUAUAUUACUUUUAACAUGUUCAGCUUUAGGAUGCUUUCGAGCACUUACCGUAGUCAAUCAAGUGUUUAUACUUUUGGACUUUUGUGAAGAUAAUUGUCACACUAAGCUUCCUGGAACAUUAGGAUUAAGCGUUGUUAUCAAAUCAAUUAUGCUUGCUUUGUUCAGUUGGAUUUUCGAUGAAAUUCAAAAGCUUUCACAAAACUUGCAAGUUAAUUUUUAUGUUCAUAUCAUUCUAUUUAUUAUUAUUGUUUUAAUGUGGUUUUUAGAAUAUUAUAAGACAAGAUCACGAAAUACUUAUCUUCAAUUUGCCAUCAAGCAUUUUAGUUUACUUUUGUACGUUCAACAGUUUACAAGUGGAAAAGUAAAGCUUCCGAGACAACCUCGGUUAAUGCAUCAAUACCGAAUCAUGUUUAAGUUUAUGCUGAUUGCAGCGCUGGUGUUCUCAAGUGCCACCGCAAUAGUUCAUCGUGCAAAACGUCAAACAUCUGACGACACCCCAAAGAAGACCGAAGAAUCAUUUGAGAAGGAAUUGUGUAAAGACAAAGAUGCUGGAGAAUGGUUUCGUUUAAUUGCAGGCGAUGGUGACAAUUGUCGUGAUGUCAUCCAAUGUACAUCUUCGGGUUUGCAAGCUAUUCGUUGUCCAGCUGGUUUGUAUUUUGAUAUUGAGAAACAGACUUGUGACUGGAAAGCUGCUGUGAAGAAUUGCAAGUCAAAGAAUAAAGAACGCAAGGUGAAGCCAUUGUUGGUAACUGACGAACCUUUGUGUCAAGAUGGAUUUUUGGCAUGCGGAGAUUCAUCCUGUAUCGAGCGUGGAUUGUUUUGUAAUGGUGAAAAAGAUUGUCCAGAUGGUUCAGACGAGAACUCGUGUGACGCAGAAACUGAUCCAAACAGAGCUCCACCAUGUGAUCCAUCAGUUUGUGUUCUUCCUGAUUGUUUCUGUUCCGAAGAUGGCACAACAAUUCCUGGAGAUUUACCAGCAAGAGAUGUUCCACAAAUGAUCACAAUUACAUUCGAUGAUGCCAUUAACAAUAAUAACAUUGAUUUGUAUAGAGAAAUGUUCAAUGGAAAGAGAAAGAAUCCGAAUGGUUGCGACAUUAAGGCUACGUACUUUGUAUCCCACAAAUACACAAACUACUCGGCUGUUCAAGAUACUCACAGACGCGGACAUGAAAUUGCUGUGCACUCAAUUACUCAUAAUGAUGAUGAACGUUUUUGGUCAAAUGCAUCAGUUGAUGACUGGGCCAAGGAAAUGGCUGGAAUGCGCAUAAUAUCAGAGAAGUUUGCUAACCUCACUGACAAUUCUGUUGUUGGAGUUCGAGCUCCUUAUUUACGUGUUGGUGGUAACAACCAGUUUACGAUGAUGGAAGAACAAGCUUUCCUUUAUGAUUCAACAAUUACUGCACCAUUAUCGAAUCCACCACUUUGGCCUUAUACAAUGUACUUCCGUAUGCCACAUCGUUGUCAUGGAAAUUUACAAAAUUGCCCAACAAGAAGUCAUGCAGUUUGGGAGAUGGUAAUGAAUGAACUUGACAGACGUGAAGAUCCCACCAUUGAUGAAGAUAUUCCCGGAUGUGCUAUGGUUGACUCUUGUUCCAACAUUUUGACAGGCGAUCAAUUUUAUGCAUUUUUGAAUCACAACUUUGAACGUCAUUACGACUCAAAUAGAGCUCCAUUGGGUCUUUAUUUCCAUGCUGCAUGGUUGAAAAACAAUCCCGAAUUCCUUGACGCUUUUCUUUAUUGGGUUGAUGAAAUCUUGGCUAAUCAUAAUGACGUUUACUUUGUAACAAUGACUCAAGUUAUUCAAUGGAUGCAAAAUCCUAAAACGUCUGGAGAAAUUAAGAACUUUGAACCAUGGAGGGAGAAGUGUGCUGUUGAGUUCAACGCUAAGCCAGCUUGUUGGGUACCAACAUCAUGCAGAUUGACAUCAAAGGAAGUUCCCGGGGAACUUAUCAACCUCCAGACAUGCGUGAGAUGCCCGAACCACUACCCAUGGCUUAAUGACCCAACUGGUGAUGGUUUCUUCUAAAAACAAAAAGAUUUCAAGACUUAAGACAAUGAUGAGCGAUAUUCUUUAGAAAAUAAAAGCUCGAUCAGCAUCACCAUGAGUCAGUGCCAGUUAGACUAUAAACUUUUUUUCAUUCAUCUUUCUUAAUUCUGCUCAUAAUUUUUUUCUCUUAAAAUUCUUUUAAAAGCUUUCUGUCUUAAGAUGAAAAAAAAGAAAAAGUUAGAAAUUGAUAGAUGAUAUUUUGGAUUUAUUUUAUUGUUAUUUAUUGUCUUCAUGCGCAUCAAAAAAUGUAUAAAAUUUCUUUUACUAUUUUGAUGUCGAUUAUUUUUUUGCAUUAAAAUAUGCACAAAUAAAAAUUCUUCUUGAAAUAAAAAAUA